UGUCCUGUCCUGCCUGCCUGCCUGCCUCUCAGCGCCCCGCCGGCGGUCUGCUCGCCCCGUCCGCUUGCCAUGGCCAAGGAGCUGUACCACAAGGAGUUUGCCAGCGCCGGCCAGAAGAGCGGGCUGCAGGUCUGGAGGAUCGAGAAGCUGGAGCUGGUGCCUGUGCCCGAGAGGUUGUAUGGCAACUUCUACGUGGGAGAUGCCUACCUGGUGCUCUACACCGUCAAGAGGAACAACGGCACCUUCUACAAGCUGCACUUCUGGCUGGGAAAAGAAUGUACUCAGGAUGAAAGUGCAGCUGCAGCCAUCUUUGCUGUUCAGAUGGAUGACUACCUAGGAGGGAAGCCUGUGCAGAGUAGAGAAAUUCAAGGAUAUGAGUCUACUGAUUUUGUUGGAUAUUUCAAAGGCGGCAUUAAGUACAAGGCAGGUGGUGUUGCUUCUGGCUUUAAACAUGUGGUCACUAAUGAUCUGACUGCACAGAGACUUCUGCAUAUCAAGGGCCGGCGCGUAGUAAGAGCCACAGAAGUUCCCCUCAGCUGGGCCAGCUUCAACAAAGGCGACUGUUUCAUUAUUGAUCUUGGAACUAAAAUUUUCCAGUGGUGUGGUUCAACAUGCAAUAAGUAUGAGCGCCUGAAAGCUAAUCAAGUGGCUGUUGGCAUUCGGGACAAUGAAAGGAAUGGAAGGUCUCAGUUAAUCGUUGUGGACGAAGGAAGUGAACCAGAUGAAGUUAUAAAGGUUCUGGGGGCCAAACCGUCUCUUCCUGAGGGUGAUGAAGAUGGUGAUGAGACAGCUGAUAUUAUGAACAGAAGAACUGCUAAACUGUACAUGGUAUCAGAUGCAAGCGGGUCCAUGAAGGUGUCAGUGGUUGCAGAGGAAAACCCAUUCUCUAGGGCUAUGCUUUUGUCUGAAGAGUGUUUCAUUUUGGACCAGGGUGCAGCAAGAAAGAUCUUUGUGUGGAAAGGCAAAGUUGCUAACCCACAAGAGAGAAGGACAGCCAUGAAGACUGCUGAAGAAUUUAUACAGCAAAUGAAUUACCCUGCCAACACUCAGAUUCAAGUUCUUCCAGAAGGAGGUGAAACUCCAAUCUUCAAACAGUUCUUCAGAGACUGGAAGGAUAAAGAUCAAAGUGUUGGCUUUGGGAAAGUGUAUGUCACUGAGAGAGUGGCUAGAAUUAAACAGAUUGAAUUUGAUGCUACCAAGUUGCAUGAAUCUCCACAAAUGGCUGCACAACACAAUAUGGUAGAUGAUGGUUCAGGGAAAGUGGAGAUCUGGCGUGUUGAAAGCAGUGGCAGAAUCCCUGUAGAUCCUGAGACAUACGGAGAAUUUUAUGGUGGUGAUUGCUAUAUUAUACUGUAUACUUAUCCUAAAGGGCAGAUCAUCUACACGUGGCAAGGAACACAUGCAACAAAAGAUGAAUUGACAGCAUCUGCUUUUUUGACUGUCCAACUUGAUCGGGCACUGGACGGACGGCCAGUGCAGAUACGAGUCACGCAAGGCAAAGAGCCUGCACAUUUGCUCAGCUUGUUCAAAAAUAAGCCACUCAUUGUCUACAAGGAUGGAACAUCUAAGAAAGGAGGUCAGAAACCUGCUUCCCCCACACGCCUGUUUCAAAUACGCAAAAAUCUGGCCUCCACUACCAGGAUUAUAGAGGUUGAUGUUGAUGCAACUUCACUGAACUCCAAUGAUGUUUUUGUUCUGAAACUGCCAACAAACUCAGGCUAUACCUGGGUAGGAAAAGGAGCAAGCAAAGAAGAAGAGAAGGGAGCUCAGUACGUAGCCAGUGUUCUAAAAUGUCAAAUGGCUAGGAUUGAUGAAGGCAAGGAACCAGCGGAAUUCUGGAAAGCCCUUGGAGGCAAGAAACAAUACCAGACUUCCACACAGCUCCUGACUGAGUCUGAAGACCACCCUCCUCGUCUGUAUGGCUGUUCUAACAAAACUGGCAGGUUUAUUAUUGAGGAGGUUCCAGGAGAGUUCACACAGGAUGAUCUGGCUGAAGAUGAUGUCAUGUUGUUAGAUGUUUGGGAUCAGGUGUUUAUCUGGAUUGGUAAAGAUGCCAAUGAAACUGAGCGAAAUGAAUCUCUCAAAUCUGCCAAACGCUAUAUUGAGACAGAUCCUUCUGGAAGGGACAAGGGAACUCCAAUCAUUACUGUGAAGCAAGGACUUGAACCCUCAACCUUCACUGGCUGGUUCCUGGCCUGGGAUUCCAACAAGUGGAAAAACUGAUUUGUCAGAGAAGGUUUCUGCUACCAACUCAUCAGUCGUUGGAAUAGGCCUAUGCUCUGGCAUUUUUAAGCAUGAGCUUGCAAAAUGGUCUUGAUGCAGCUAUUAUCACCCAUCACCCAUUCCCCAGCUUUGAGUAAGGUAGCAUAUCUUAGCUUUGAAAGGCUUAAAUGAAAAUGGCAAAAUAAUAAGAUGGUGGUGGGUUAUUUUUAUGCAGUAAAUACACGACACAUUAUCAUUGGUUUGGUUUGGUUUCAGAGUGCCUUUUCAAACAGAAGCUGUAGAUCAGUUUCAUCAGAAUACAAAAUGCAAAAAAUAAAAUAACAUCCCUGGGCCAAACUCUGCUCUCAGUACCUGUAGAAAUUCAGAGUAAGUCCAAAGAAAGUACUUCUGAUCUACAGUGAUGAAACAGAGUAGAAUUUGGUCUGAUGAAGGCCUAACAUUGCAUUUAUUCAGACCCAUGGGAAAAACCCCAAAAGCAAAACUCAUCCUUAAUUUUUCUAACGAGCCAAAAAUUUCUAGUCCUUUCUUGUGCAAACCUCCAGCUGAAGGCAGAAUCACAAGUGGGAGCUCUGUUGGACUCAUACUGGGUUCAAGCUUCAGGUUUGUCUAACUGCUGCUCUUACAUGCAUUCCAGCGAGCCAUCACUUCUGAAUGGCAUCAGGAGUGACAGCUUAAACCAGUUUUAGACUGGCAUGGCAAAUUAGCCCUCAAACCUCCCCCAGUGCCAUUCUGAUUCCCUUCCCCUGCUUGAUUUCCUACUCUGCUUUGUUUCUUGCCCUAUUUGCUGCUGUACCGCUCGUCUCCUCCCUCAUCUGCCAAGUGCCACUUGUGGCACUCAUGCUUCAGGAUGGCCACCUCUUGCUUAAACAGUGACUGGGUGCACAUCAUCUGGAUUCAUUAAGUGGCAAUUCAGCACGUACUGCAUGUCCCAGUACAGGUCAUCUCAGCCCCUAUCAUGCUCACUCCCCUUGACUCAUUUGCAUUCAGUUUGUUUCAGAGAUUCGUUCAAACUGCCAAACACAGCAAACAUUUCUCAUUAUAUAGAAGACAUCAGAUGCACUAUACAAGGGCUUUGGCAAACCACUUUUCUCUCAUUAGCACUCCUUAUUCUGGGAACAUGUUGCUAUAUGAGUAAGUUCUGUUGAAUUUGGCCAGAAAUUAAGAAGGGACCCUAAGUUAUUUUGUUGCAAAGAAUGCAGUCUGUUUUAUUCUUAGGAAUCAAGAGAGAGAUUUUCAAAGGGAUGUGUUUGUGUUUUUCGUUUAGCUUCACAAGGCCUCCACCCCACCCUCCAAGUCCCCUGUCAAAGCCCGCUGGGAUUAUUCUGUUUCAAACUUAGAGUAAUCUCUUGACUAUUUACUUCAUAAUGCUUAUUUUACAGUUCGUAUAAGUGCAACUCAAAUUGCCUAUGUACCAAAGUGGAUUCUUAAUAAUGAAUGUUAAUUGUAUUUUUAUGUAUUUUUAAAUUAGUUAGAAAAUUCAAGUUUUAAACUUGUGUUUGUACCUUUUCCUACGUAACUAUUUAGAUUUUAAAGCUCAGUAAAGCAAAGAAGUGAAAACAGCCUCAGCUCAUAGUCAAAAUUAUUGAACAAAUUGCAUUAUCUGGGCAACUGGAAGUACAAGAACAAGGGGAUGCAGCAAAAUAUUAAAACCAGCUCUAAAUCCAGCUUAAAGAGCAGAGAGGGCAGUGAGUUAAUUCUGGGAGUUUAUUAGCUUGAGGCAUUUGUUUAUAUCUCUGUUACAGCAAUUUAACUAUAUCUGGAAGUUUUGUGUAAAAUAAAGUUACAGAACACAGUAUUAUAACAGUA